GUUUUUUUGGUUGGGAUUGUGUUGAUCUAGCGGUGGAUAGAGGUAGUCCCAUCGCUCAUUCGAUCAGUUGAUAAAGAUUCUUGAAACACACGAUUUUUUUUAUUUUUAAUUUUUAUAAACUUAUUUUUUGGGUUUGAGUUUUAUUGGGUCGGGGUGGAAUUAAAAAAGUGGUGGCAUUAGGGUUUCUUUUAUUACCCUCUUUACGCAAUAGGAGUAUAUUAUUAUUAUUAUUAUUAUUAUUGAUUUGUUGCCGAAGCUGCGAUCUCUGUUGAUUUCUUCAUCUGGGUUGUUGGAGUUGCUUUAAAUCUUCAUCUGGGUCGAUCAAGUUUUGAUUUUGUUUUUUUUUUUUUUUUGGGAAAAGAAGUUUUUUUCAAGUUGGUAGCUGUAAUUGAAGUGAAGCUUCAUCCAUCAAAACUUGGUGGCAUGUUGCUCGAACGCGGUUUCGAAUUUCGAAGUGGAUAACGAGAUUUUUUAGAAGAAUUCUUUUCACUAUAGGUUUUUGCCCUUUUUCUCCGAGUAAGAGCAAACAACUUCGGAAUAUGUUCCACACGCAAGGAGCUUUGAAAAACACUUGCAAUCUUCUAGCCGUUUUAUGUAACCGAGCAGCCGAAAAUAAGCAUAGCCAAAAUGUGUUAGACGAGAGGCCAAACUUCCCGUUCCCAGAAAUUGUUUCUUCGGGGCGCUUAGAGGUCCAAACAUUGAAGAAUCCUACCGUAGAUGAGUUUAGCAAAGUUCUUGAUUCAUCGCAGGCAAAUCUUGUGUAUUUACAAGGAGAGCAUUUGGAGAAUGAUAAAAUAGGAUCAAUCGUUUGGGGAGGGUUUGAAUUGUCCUCUCCAGAAGCUAUAACCGGACUUUUUAACUCCAAAUUGCCAACUACGGUGUAUUUGGAGGUACCAAAUGGUGAAAGGUUGGCCAAGUCUCUUCACUCUAAGGGAAUUCCUUACGUAAUAUACUGGAAUAACUCAUUUUCGUGCUACGAAGCAAGCCAUUUUCGCCACGCAUUAUUCUCUUCAAUACAGAGUUCGUCAUGCCAUACAUGGGAUUCGUUUAAACUCGCAGAUGCCUCGUUUAGGCUUCACUGUCUUCGAGGUAAUAAUCUCGUUAACGAUGAAGUAGGCCCCACUCUUAUUGGGGAAGCUCCAAAGAUUACCGUUGACGCCCCUGAAAUGGAGGAGGAUCGUGUAAAUGAUGAAGAUGAAGAUGAAGAAAGCCUUUCUUCUGGUCCCCUUCCCGCCAUUAAAAUAUACGACGAUGAUGUGAAUACGAGGUUUCUUGUCUGUGGAAGGACAACUUCUUUGGAUGCUUCUCUGCUCGGUUCUUUGGAGGAUGGUCUUAAUGCACUCCUCAAUAUUGAAAUGCGAGGGAGCAAACUUCAUAACCGGGUGAGUGCGCUUCCUCCACCACUGCAAGCGGGCUCGUUUUCUCGUGGGGUGGUUACAAUGCGGUGUGAUUUAUCGACCACUAGCUCAGCUCACAUUUCUCUCUUGGUAUCUGGGAGUGCUCAGACAUGUUUCGAUGAUCAGCUAUUGGAAAACCAUAUAAAGAGUGAAAUCAUCGACAAGAGUAGGCUGAUUCAGGCAAUGCCGAACUCUGACGAAAACAAACCACCUCUGUCCGAACCUCGUAGAUCCGUCUCGAUAGCUUGUGGAGCAACCGUAUUUGAAGUUUGUAUGAAGGUUCCUUCUUGGGCUACACAGGUCUUGAGGCAACUAGCACCCGAUAUUUCGUACCGUUCUUUAGUUGCACUCGGAAUAGCGGGUAUCCAAGGAUUAGCUGUAGCUUCAUUUGAGAAAGAAGAUUCCGAAAGACUUCUUUUUUUCUGCACUAAACAAGAAAAUAUUUCCCGUUCAAACGAUUUUAAAUUGACCACCCCACCAUCGUGGUUAAGAGCUCCUCCUCCUAGUAGAAAGAGGCCCUCCAUUUACCAAGAAAUCGUCCCCGUUACUUUAAACGGUUUGUCUUCUUCAGUAAACGAGAACAAUAAUAAAGAAAUUAAAUUUUCAAACGGGGUCAACACGUCACUUUCAAGUGCUAAACGAAAAAUUAAGAUAGCUGCACUCAGGCCGAUUCCUCAUGUUCGUCACCAGAAAAUGCUUCCGUUUUCGAGAAUUGCCGAUUUUGAUUUGCACCACCACCUAGAUGGGAGUUAUGUGAAGGCUAGUUUGCCUUCUGCUCCUGCCAAACAUGUUAGUGUUACUCCGGUUAGUCGGAAAUCGGGUUCCGGUUCUUAUCAAGCCAAACAGGUCAUAUCUUUGAAUCCACUUCCUUUGAAGAAGCAUGGUUGUGGAAGAAGCCCUUUGCAUGUGUGCUCCGAGGAGGAAUUUUUGAAGGAUGUAAUGCAAUUUCUCAUCCUUCGAGGGCAUAACCGUCUUAUUCCUCAAAACGGGAUUGACGAGUUCCCAGAUGCUAUACUCAAUGCAAAGCGUCUCGAUCUCUUUAACUUGUACCGUGAGGUGGUUACGAGAGGGGGUUUUCACGUUGGCAAUGGCAUCAAUUGGAAAGGGCAGGUUUUCUCGAAGAUGCGAAAUCACACAGUCACCAAUCGAAUGACCGGUGUCGGAAAUACACUCAAGAGGCACUACGAAACGUACCUUUUGGAAUACGAAUUGGCCCACGACGAUGUAGAUGGAGAAUGCUGUUUAUUGUGCCACAGUAGCGCGCCUGGAGAUUGGGUUAACUGCGGUUUGUGUGGGGAGUGGGCCCACUUUGGCUGCGAUCGACGGCCUGGUUUGGGUGCCUUUAAAGAUUACGCCAAGACAGAUGGGCUGGAGUAUAUAUGCCCACAAUGCAGCGUUUCGAAUUACAAGAAAAAGAUACCGAAAUCGGGGAACGGAUAUUCUUGAUGCCACCUCAUAAAUUCUUUUUUUUAACCACCCAAUAUUUCUUUUGGUCCUUUGCCAAAUCCUCAGUGUUGAGUUUUUCUCCAAGGAGGAGAAAAUAUUUUCCCACUCAUUUGCAAAGAAUGCAACAUAUAUUUUGAGUCAAGGGGUUCAAUAGAUAGAUCCUGCAAAAAGGUGGGGCAAAUGUGAGAUAUUGAAUACAUGUGGGGGGUGGAAAUGUAAUUGGAAAAGAAUGUAGGAUGUAGGAAAUGCUCCCAAUUGUGGAGUUUGGGGGGCUGCUUCGGUACAUUAGCCAAAUUAGUUACCUGAUGUGUAAUAUAUGCAUUUUGAUAUUUUUUUUUAAAACAUUUUGUAGUUUUUUUUUUGCCUUC